AUGUCUGCAGAAAAUCAUUAUCAAAUCGUGCUUGAAAAUUGGAGAAGACUUCAGCAUCUAUCCACUUCAGCCGACAAGAAUGCCGUGGUGGUGAGCGGAAAUCAAUUGACACUAGCGGAUGUGGUAGCCGUGGCUCGGUAUGGGACAGCGGCUUUCAUCGAUAAAUCCCCUGAACUGAGGGAAGGCGUGGAUAAGAGCGUCAACUUCCUGAGACAAUGUGUCGAGCAAGGCGAGAUCCUCUAUGGCAUAAACACUGGGUUUGGGGGUAGUGCCAACACCACGACGGACGAUACAAAGAAUCUUCAAAUUUCCUUGAUGCAAAUGCAGCAGUACGGAGUUUUAUCCAGUGCGGAGAACCGAUUCCCAGGUGCAGGACACUCAGCAGCAGCUACGGAGAUGCCUGAGUCAUGGGUGCGCGCGUCAAUGUUGGUCCGGUGCAACACCCUUGUGCAGGGCCAUUCCGGCGUCAGAUUUUGUAUCAUUGAAGCUCUGGCCGAUUUUAUCAACCGACAAUAUACUCCACUUGUUCCUUUGCGAGGAAGUAUUUCUGCCUCUGGUGAUUUAAGUCCCCUUUCCUACAUCGCCGGUGUCUUGGAAGGCAAUGCCAAGCUCCUGCUACGGGCACCAAUGAGUGCGGAAACUUCUCGCCAGGAAACGAAGCGCCGAGAGCUUGUUUCUGCAGAUAAGCUUUUAGCCCAGAUCGGAAUGCAGCCUAUAUCUCUUGGCCCAAAAGAAGGUUUAGCAUUGAUCAACGGCACGGCAGUCUCUUCAGCUGUUGCAGCAAUUGGCCUUCACGAAACGCAUCAUCUGGCGGUUCUGUCCCAGGUUCUGACGGCGAUGGCAGUGGAAGUCAUGUCUGGUAACCCCGAAAGUUUUGAUCCCUUCAUUGCUCAGGUUCGCCCUCACCCUGGGCAGAUUGAGUCUGCCGCGAACAUUGCCAAAUUCCUACAAGGGUCAAGACUCACGCAGGUUGUACAUGGGCAUCAAAAGAUGGGGGUGGGAGCUGCUCCUGCGCUGCGCCAAGACCGCUACCAGCUCCGCACAGCCUCGCAGUGGAUGGGCCCAAUACUCGAAGAUCUCACCCUGGCUCAUAAGCAAGUGACCGUUGAGCUCAAUUCAACUACCGAUAACCCUCUGAUCGAUAGUGAAGGGCGCCGAACACUUCACGGAGGAAACUUCCAGGCUCUUUCCGUCACUCUUGCCAUGGACAAAGCCCGCUCCGCACUACAGCUUAUGGGCAAAAUGCUGUUUGCACAAUGCACUGAAAUCAUCAAUGCCGACCUGAACAACGGUCUCCCACCGAAUUUGUGCUUUGAUGAGCCCAGUCUGUCCUACACUCUCAAGGGAGUCGAUAUCGGCAUGGCUGCCUAUACCUCCGAGCUGGGCUUCCUCGCUCACUCAGUUGGACCAAACGUGCAAUCUGCUGAGAUGUCUAACCAGGCCAUCAAUUCGUUGGCCCUUAUAUCUGCGCGGUACACACAGACGGCAAUCGAUGUCUUUUCCACCCUUGCCGCGUCAUAUAUCUAUGUGCUCUGCCAAGGACUAGAUCUGAGAGUGCUCCAAAUGGAUUUUCUCGAGAAUCUCCAGCCUGCCGUAGAAUUAAUUACCACCCGCACAUACAGCCCUUUCUUGACAGGUCCUUCUGCCUGCAAGGACCUCAACUCGCUCUUGUGGACACAUCUUACAGGCGCUCUCAAAACAUCGGCAGCAACCACAAAAGACUCACAACAACGAUUUACUAUGGUUGCCCAAUCAGCUCAGUCUGUGGUGGUUACCUUCUUUGCCUCUCAUCCCGAGUCAACAACUGGAUAUAGCCCUCAAAUGACUACUAUUCACGCCUGGGCCAAAGAUCUGGCGACCGUCAUUUCCGACACAUUCAAGGCCAGUCAACUCCUCCUGGUCAGUCCACAGUGCCCAACAUCCACGUACCUCGGGUCGGCGGCACGCAUCAUGUAUGAUUAUGUGCGCCACACUCUGAAGGUCCCACUGAACCGUGGUCUUGUCGACCAUCCUACUUUCCAACACACGAAACGGUCAACAAACAUUGAAUCAGACGCACAGAACUCGUCAAAUGAAGAUAAGCAGAUCAUCGGCACCUAUAUUACUAGAAUUUAUGAAGCUUUGCGCUCUGAGGCUUUGAUUGUUCCACUCAUGGAGUGCCUGGAACAGGGCAAACAGAAUGGGCAUCGCGAUACCAUUGCAGUGGUUGCACCAGCUAGAGAGAACCGAAAGAGUUUCUCCAAAUCAUCUAGACCUCAGGUUGUGCAUUAG